AUGUGGAUGUCCAUUCAAAAUCAGAUUGACUCCGGCAAAAGAUGGUCUGGAUGGAAGGUUGAUGUAAAGUGUGGAGUUCAUAAUCAUGGUUUACCAGAUAGAUUAGAAGGUCAUUCAUUUGUUGGUAGGUUGACAACCGAUGAGAAGCAGCAUGUUGCUGAUUUGACAAAGAGACAUGUUCCGCCUAGACACAUAUUGAUUUCCUUGCAAGAGCGAGAUCCUGAGAACGUCACUCGGAUCACGCAAAUAUACAAGCAUAAAAGUGUGAUUGAAGCGGAGAUAAGAGGUCCAAGAAGUGAGAUACAACAUUUGCUUAAGCUUAUAGAGGAGGCGAACUAUGUUUAUUGGAGUAGGAAACGGGAUGAUUGUGAAGUUGUGAGAGAUAUUUUUUGGGCUCAUCCAGAUUCGGUAAAGUUGCUGAAUCUUUUUCCUACUGUCUUGACUAUGGACGCCACUUAUAAGACCAACAAAUAUAGACAACCUAUGUUUGAAAUAGUUGGUAUGACAUCGACCGAGUUGACAUUUGCGGUUGCAUUUACUUAUAUGGAGUGUGAGCAGACAGAGAGUUAUAUUUGGGUCUUGGAUAAGCUGAAGCAAUUGUUUGUGAAGAAAGAUGUGGUUCCACAAGUGAUUUUGACGGAUAGAGAUCUUGCUUUGAUGAAAGCAGUUGAAGUUGUUUUUCCUACGACGCAUAACUUGCUAUGUCGUUUUCAUAUUAACAAAAAUGUUGGGAUGAAAUGCAAGGAAUAUGUGAUGAAAGACAUGCAAGAGACAAUAGGCACAUUGUGGAAAGAUGUUGUAUGGGCUAGUAAUGAGGUUGAGUAUGGUGUACGGUUGCAAUAUCUUGAACAAGCAUGCUUUGCUUGUAAUGACUUCCUCGAUUACGUGAAGAACACUUGGUUGAUCCCACAUAGGCAAAGAUUUGUAGGCGCAUGGAUUAAUCGAGUGCUUCAUUUUGGUAACACCACGACAAAUCGGGUUGAAUCUGCACAUUGGAAGCUAAAGCAGAUGAUAGGAAACAGCCUUGGUGACAUGGUCAAAGUUUGGGAAGCUAUGAAUUCUAACCUAAAAAUCCAAAUAGGUAACAUUCGAGCUUCGUUUCAAAAAAGUUUUUAUGAGGUUGAGCACGCACACAUUAUUCCAUUUUAUGAUAAUUUGCGUGGUUCAGUAUCGAGAGCUGCUUUGAGACGCAUUGCAGAAGAGUUAUCGAGGCUUGAUUAUGUGUUAAAUGGUAGGGAAAUAUGUGGUUGUACUAUGAGAACAAGUUAUGGGCUACCUUGUGCUUGUGAGAUGGGAAGAUUGAUUGUUGUUGGAAUCCCAUUACAAAUAGAAAGUGUUCAUCUUCAAUGGAGGAUACUAUCUAUGGAAGGUGACUUGCCUUUAGACGAGGAAGCUGGUUCGGAGGUUGAUAUGAGUAAUGCAAUUGGUGAAUUGUGGAGAAGGUUUAAAUUAUUAGAUGUUGUUGGAAAAAGAGCAUUGAAAAGUAGGAAACCAGUUGGGUAUGAUGUUUAUAGGGAUCCUUCAGGUUUUGAGUAUGCUGAUCAGGCGUCUCAAUCUUCACAAAAACAACCGCAAGCAUCACAAACUUCCAGGAAGCAAUCACAGUCAAAGAAGCAAUCACAAUCAAAGAACCAGGAUUUCACUCUUCAGUUUCCUUGUCAUAUUAGGCCAUAUAUUACCGAGAUAGUUAAUGUUGUAGCAGAUGGUAAUUGUGGAUUUAGAGCCAUUGCAUCGUGGCAUGGGUAUAGUGAGGAUGGUUGGGCAAUGGUUCGUCGUGACUUGGACAUGGAAUUAAGAGAAAAGAAGGACUUAUAUGAGAGAUUGUUCGGUCCAAAUUUAUCCGAAGUGAGAAGUGGAUUGUUGAUAGAUAAUGUUGGUUUUCAACCACCGGAGAAAUGGUUGACACUACCAGAGAUGGGCUAUUUGAUAGCGAAUCGGUAUAACGUCAUUCUUGUGAUGCUUGGUAACCCUUGCUUGACUUUUUUUCCCAUGACAACAACAUUUUCUCCAAGUGCUCCUACAUAUUGCAUUGGCCUUGUCAACAAGAAUCAUUUUCUUCGGGUUAAUAUGAAAGAAGGCUUCCCACUGCCACCCGUCACGUUAGAUUGGGUGAAGUUUCGUCUUCAAGUGGCGACAUCUUGGAUGUUAGAUUUUGCUGGACGUCUUCAACAUUGGCACCAUCUUACGCCUAUGUUACCAUCAAGUGUUAAUUUAGAUUAA